UAGUCCCAGGUGUGACUUUGUCGAGAAAAUGAUCGCGGCCGUCCUUGCAGUUUCCCUCAUCAGUUGCUGCACGCUAGUGACCUCACAGGCGGCCGCGGCCGGCAACUGGAAGCCGCUGGAACCAGAAGAAACGUUCUUCGUGUACACGCGCUGCCAGGAAGAUCACCUCCCGGACGGAGCCAACCGACCGCAGUACCAUAGCCAGUGGCGCCAGUGGAAGUUGUUGCCCGACGACCGCGUCACCCAUUGCUACCUCAAGUGUGCGCUGGUUGGGUUGGGACUGUGGGACGAACGGGCGAAACGGUUCCAGGCCGCGAGGAUCACCACGCAGCAUUUGGAGUACAAGAAACUGAACGAGGCCAGCGACAGCGAGGUGGCCCAGUAUAAGGCAGCCGUUGGCAGCCUCAACGGUGGCAAGGGCAGUUGUGCCGAACUGUACAAAUCGUACAAACCCGUGCACGACAAGUUUGUCGCGGUGACGCAAAAGCUCUACCACGGCACGUCCCGGGCGGCGAACAAGGUGUACCAGGCGAAUCCUUUCAUGAAGCGCAAGGACGAGUCGGCGAUGGCGUACUGCGAAAAGAUGGUUUAUUCCCCGAAAACGAAGAAGGACAUGUGCGCAGGUCGUCAGUAUCAGCUGACCGGGACCAAAGAGCUGCGUGAUAUCAUCGAAUGUAUCUUCCGCGAGCUGCGCUACACCAGGAAUGGGGAACUCAAUGUCGACGAGAUCGUGCGCGACUUUAAGAUGAUCAACAAGGGCAACCUAGAGCAACAGGUCCGCUCGGUGUUAUCAAAGUGUCGAGGUAUGACGCCGUACGAUCACUACUCCUGUCUACUAAAAAGCAACCUGAAGGAGGACUUCAAGAAGGCCUUCGAUUUCCGCGAAAUACGGUCGGCAGACUACUCGUAUCUGCUCAAAGGGAACAAGUAUGACCCGGCGAAGGUUAAAUCGAUGGUCGCGGAGAUAGACAAAAAGACUUGCGGAUAAAGCAAGAUCUUGGCGGAAUUGAACGAAUGUCUAUCGUCUAGAAUAUAGUAAAUUAGCAAAGAA